AAUGGAGGUGCACUGUCCGAUGAGGACCUGCGUGCCGAGGUGGACACGUUCAUGUUUGAGGGCCACGACACGACAGCCAGUGGCAUCUCCUGGCUCUUGUACUGCCUGGCGUCACACCCUGAGCACCAGGCACGGUGCCGGGAGGAGAUCCAGGGGAUCCUGGGGGACCGGGAAACACUUCAGUGGGAGGACCUGGGCAAGAUGACCUACAGCACCAUGUGCAUCAGGGAGAGCCUUCGUCUUUACCCGCCAGUGCCUGGCGUGUCCCGGCAGCUCAGCAAGCCCAUCACCCUCCCCGAUGGACGCAGCAUCGCUGCGAUAAGCAUUUAUGCCAUUCACAGAAACUCCAUGUUAUGGAAAGACCCGUCGGUGUUCGACCCUUUGCGGUUUUCCCCGGAGAACAUCUCUGGCAGACACUCUCACGCCUUUCUGCCUUUUUCUGCUGGAAUGAGGAACUGCAUCGGGCAGCAGUUCGCCAUGAACGAGAUGAAGGUGGCGCUGGCCCUGACCCUGCUCCGCUUCGAGCUCUCGCCAGAUCCCGCCAGACCUCCCUGCAAAAUACCUCAGAUCAUCCUGCGCUCCAAGAACGGGAUCCACCUCUAUCUGAAGAAAAUCCGCUGA